AGUCGGACAGAGUCAGUCAGACCCGCGCAUGCGCAGUAGGACGGAGUCGCAGUCAGACCCGCGCAUGCGCAUUAGGACGGAGUCGCAGUCAGACCCGCGCAUGCGCAGUAGGAAGCGCAGCGGCAGCAUGGCGGAGCCCGCACGGAAGCACGCGCUGGAGAUGGUGCGGGCGGACGGCGCAGACGAGGGCUGCGUGACGUUUGUGCUUCAUGAAGAGGAUCACACGCUGGGGAACUCGCUCAGAUACAUGAUCAUGAAGAGUCAGGACGUGGAGUUCUGUGGAUACAGCAUCACACACCCGUCAGAAAGCAAGAUCAACUUCCGCAUACAGACGCGAGACGGGAUCCCGGCGUCUGAACCCCUGCGCAGCGGCCUGAACAGCCUGACUGAAGUGUGCAAACAUGUGCUGCACACCUUUGAGGCACGGAUGCAAGCUUUCAGGGAUAAAGAAGAGCCGAUGUCAUGAAGAUCAGGACUCUCUCAGGAUGAGUGCAUGGUCUGCUCUUCACUACACGAGGAACAGUGUAUAUGUAUGAUUUUGUAUAUCUUAUAUUAUGUACAUUAACUGGUAAAUGGUUUGUGCCAGUGUCGGUUUGUUUGUCUAUAUGAAAAUAUAUGUUUGAACUGUUCUAAGAUCAUACAAGGAAUACGUUUUCAGAUAUAAAAAUCACAGAUAUGUUUUGGAUUGAUAUUUAUUCGCAGUGUUUAACAUGAGAAGAUGCAUCAUAAAUCAUACGAGACACGAGUGCUGUGAUCUCCGAUGAUUCAUUUAGAUAUUGAGCAUUCCUGAACAAUAAAAGCAGAUUGUAAUAA